GCUGUUAAUGUGUAACCAGAGUAUGACCACCGCUGUUGACCGCCUGGGUUUAAGUAAGGGGGCAGAGAAGUCCGGACUUCACUCUAAACCCCACUCAGCAGCUGCAGACAAUCCAGUAGGGAAUCAACCAAAAGUAAAAAUGCUGAGACUACGACAUCUAGUAGUCCUCCUGCUGAGCUGCUGUAUGUCAGGAAGCCAAGCCAACCGUGUCUACGUCCACCCCUUCUAUCUCUUUGCUGGGGAGAACGUCAGCUGUGAGACGCUGCAGAGCCAGACGGUUAAGCCCCUGGAGACGGUCCCCGUGGCCCCCCUUGAUCUCGAGCUGUUGACACCAGACAGCAGGGACUCAUCGCAUGUGGACGCGCAGAAGCAGAAUGUGACGCAGAGGACUGCGGUCCUGGUGGAGCUACUGAACUCUCUGGGCCUGAGGAAGUACCAUGCUCUCAGCAGAAGGCAGAGCAGCAACAACACCCUCCUCUCUCCCAUCAACACUUUUGGCUCACUUGUCAACUUUUACCUGGGAGCCUCAAAAAGGACAGCAAAAUAUUUCCAGCUUCUUCUCGGGCUGAGUAGUGACACUGACAGAGAGGACUGUGUGUCCUUGGUGGAUGGACACAAGGUUCUUAGCACCCUGAAGAGCGUUAACUCUCUAGAGGACGGUGGAGCUAAAGACAGAGUCACCACUCAGGUCUGGGCCUUCACACGCAAGGAUGCUCAACUAUCUGGGGACUUUAUCAAAGGCAUGCAAGACUUCUCUGACACGUCGUUCAGCCGAGGUGUGGACUUCUCCAGACCAGAGGAGGCUGAGAUGCAGGUGAACAGCUUUGUAGAGAAGACAUCAGAUGGGAAGGUGAAGAACAUCGUCAAACCUGGGAACCCAAGCACCAACUUUCUGUUCAUCUCCUCCUUCAGCUUCCAAGGCAACUGGAUGACGUCCUUCCAACCAGAGAAGACCUCCCUGGAGGAGUUUCACGUGGACGGGACAACAACAGUCAUGACUCCAACGAUGACCAACACAGGUCACUACCGCUACCUGGAUGAUAAGAUGAGGAAGUGCACUAUUGUGGAGCUGCCACUGAGCAAACAGGCCUACAUGCUGCUGGUUCUGCCCCAUGAAGGGGUCAGUCUCCAUGUCAUUGAGUCAAGGCUGCGCACCGACGUCAUGUUUGGCUGGCACCAACAACUCCACAAAGGUCUGCUGGAGCUGUCCCUCCCCAAGUUUUCCAUGUCUUCUGAAACUGACCUGCAUGAGCUGCUGGCUAUGAUGGAUCCAGAAGUCGAGGAGAAGCUCUUAGGCUCCCAAGCUGACUUCAGCCCUCUCAGCCACAUCAAACCCUUCCCCAUAGAUAAGGUCAUCAACAAGGUGCUGUUUGAGAUGUCAGAGGAAGGAGCAGAACCCCAGGACAAGACAGAGGAAGCAGGCGUCCCGCUGAGGCUUUCCCUCAACAGGCCAUUCUUCUUCUCCAUCAUAGAAAGGGAUUAUAACUCCAUCCUCGUGCUGGGCAAGAUGACCAAUCCUACUCUCUAAAGCCGUAUGGUACUUAGAAUAAAGGAAAACAGUAAAGACAUGCAACAUGCCAGGCCCAUUUCUUUUAUACUGAACUAUAUCUCCUGCAGGGGAUGAAUCUCUCAUUUAUUUAUCAGAAGUAGUAAUCUUAUAUUGCGCAUUAACGUUGUUGCACAACUCGUAUUUCAACAAGCUCAAGAGUCAGAAAGGGAUCCUGUCAGUAUUUAUGAAAACAUUUUAGUUAAUGCUGCCUUUUUUUGUCAGCUAUAAAUUAGGGUUUUUUUUCUUUGAAAUGUAUCACAGGAGUGUUUUGUAGGGUUUUUUUCAGUAGAAUAGGAACACCACACUUGUCUAUCUCAAAAUACAAAUUCUUGUAUAUUGUAACUAAAAGCCUGUUUUUGUUUUUGCUGUGAUUUCUAAAAUAAAACGUUUCCAAAAAUA